AUGAUGACGACGGAUCCCCCAAGAUAUUUCUCGCCAAAGCGCAAACGAGAGCCUUCCGAGUCAGAUUACUAUAGUCCGUCGGCAUCGCCAACAUCAACGGUAUCUGCCGCCAGUCUACAAGAAGCCCGCAUCCGUGAGGAGAGCGAGCCGGGGAGACAUAGCCCACGCGCAGCUGUCGCGGGACGCUUCAAAGACUUGGCCAUUCAUGGAGACCGAUUCCCAGAACUAAGAGCAUCACGUGGCGACAGCCAGCGGCCAUGUACACUAAAUCCGGCGAAGGCAACAUGUAUGUCCAACAGCCACGACCAGGGGUCCACGAGCAUGGCCGAACCCUCGGAAGGUCAUAGCAGCGAACGAGGUGAUGCUCAUCGCCAGCACACUGGUUCCCAUUUGGCAACACAUCAUGUCCCAGCCAGUGCUCUUGUCACACCUAUUUCCACUCCCUCAAAAAAGAGAUCAAAUCCCUCGUCACACAAAAAACGUGAUCUCAUAUCACCGUCCAAGGGCCACAAGCAGCGAUUAUCUCCUCCACCCUCUGACGUCCCUCUGGAUGAUCCGUUCACAUGGCAUGAUCACGAAAUUACAGGACAUGACCCGACUGAUCCAACCGAUGAUGGCUAUGGUAUCAAUGGCGUGGGAUUCAAACCAACUGCGGCCAUGGCGUGGGCACGUUCUCAGAAACGACAACGGCAAGUUGCCGAAUGGAAGUCCCGUGAGGCACGUGAAGCCCGUGAGAAGCGACGGGAACGAAGGAACGACAGCUCUGGCAAGGACAGACUUCACAGCAUACACGAAGGGGCUAUCCAGAAGCGAGUCAAGUUCGAUGUCCAGGACAGACGCUGA